CCGGCGGCUCCUGAGGGGUCCCGGCAUCACCCGGUCUCGGUCCCUGAGGGGGUCGCGAUAGGCUGGGGGCUUCGACAUCCUCACCCCGCCUGGUGCCACCAAAUUAAUGGAAAGGAGGUAAUUUGGAUCAAGAAUCUACAAAAUUCAUGGGAAAAAGGUGACUGGAAUCAAGAAUUGUCUUGGGUAUUGAAUGACAACAUUACAUAUGAUAACCAGAAACUGUUCUAAACAUUAAGCAGAACAAACUCUUUUUCUGGAGUGUGUAUCAACCCAUAGAUUCCAUUUAAGUACAUGGCUGAUGCUGCGUCAAUCUGUUCCUCAGAUUGAGGGCACUUUUCCCCCUGUAAAUUUAAGAACUGGAGAAGACACAUAGUUUCUCUUUAGGUUAUUCCUCAGUUGAAAUAAUGAUCCGGGAGUCUCCUGUAGCUGGACUUGGCUAUGAUGGGGAAAUCAGAUUUGCAAAAAUGGGACAUUUUGCCUCCUGGUGGACAGGUGAGAAUGGAGGAAGGGAUGGAGGACAGGCUCCCUAAACUGGACUAAACAAUUCACAGAGUAGGCUGCACAGCAAGCUAAGGUCUUGAACAUGCAAGUAUAGGGCUGCUUUCAGGCCCGUAGCUCAUGUUCACGUACGUCUGCAUUGACAGAGAGGAUUGACAGAAGACUAAAAUUCCCAGAGUAGUGUAGCAGUUCCCUCACCUGAGACUGGUGUUUCAUUCUGGAUUUUGAUCGAGUCAUGCAAGGAUUACUGUCAAAAAAUGAUUAUUUAAACCACGUUCCAAAGUAGACUUCUGUGUAAUUUUCAUAUACUCUGUAGAUCUUCCAGGUAUUUGAACAGCAAACUCUUUUACAAAACAUUUACCACAGGUAAACAAUGGAGUUGCUAUCUACAGUUCACUAGAAGUCCAACAUAUCAGUUAUUAGCUACAACAAUGACAAAUUGUGAUAGUCCUCCAGCCUCUAGAAAGGUGUAAUUUGCAUGUGAAGUGUUUUUUUAGCAGCAGAAUUUAAAUGUGGAGGAGGAAGCUAUAAAGCAGAUGUACUGGGAUUGAAAAGAGCAAUUAGAGGGCAGGCUGUGGUCACAGCAUCAGUGUUGGUACAGAAAACAGACUGGAAGUCUGUGGCCUUAUUCCUUCCUGUGCUGGAAGCACUGUGGUCAGCACCUGCUGCUUCAGCCCAGAGUAGCAUUUAAAAGAAGAGCUGUACAUGAGCUGGUUUUGUACACUUUUCCAAAACUGACUAUUUAACACACUGCAAACAUUUCCUUGGCUAACACAACUUAUUAUUACUACGUGUUAGGGCUUUUAUUGCAUAAUCUUGGUAUCAGUUGCGAAAGCAAACAAAGAGUGCUCCCAAAAUGUACCUUACACAGAAAAAGAAAAAAAAAAAAUAUAGAAGAUGCAAUUCCAGCAAAACAUCUGUGAUGACAUAUUCAGCCCAUUGUUUUGUCAACAGUGCAAGUAUUUGGUGGCAUAAUAAAAGGAUAUACUUUGCUUAGCAAAAACAUUAAGGGAUAACAGCCAAGUUAGAUAGGGUACAAUUAAAGGCUUGCUUAACCCACGGGAUUCCACUUCCAGAAAAAUAAAAAUAGAGCUGUUUUGAUCCAUCCUGCUAAGAUCUAGUUGUAUAUUCUUGUUUGGGGGUUGAAAAAAAAAUAAUCUUUUUUUUUUUAUAUUUAUGUUUCAUUCUCAAAAAGUUUUGUAAGGUAAUUGUAAUAGCAACAGAAUUCUGAAUUGCAAAGGGGAAAAACCAAGCCCACCUGGGAGAAGAGAUAACAGGAAUUAAUCAUGUGCAAACUGCUUUGAGGAAAAAGUGCACAAUCCAGUUUAAAGCCUCAUUUUAAAUUACUUCUGUGCACUAAUUUUCUGCUUCAUUUUGUUAACAUAAUUGAUGCUAGACUUCAACACAUCUUGGAAAUACACUGCAAUGAGUAUAUUUCCUUCUGAUAUGUUUCUCCAAAUAAAUAGCAAAGAAAUGAUAAUUUAUUACAGUGUAUUUUUCACAUGAAAGUUGACCUCCUCUAUUUCAAGGUUUCUUACAGGCUAUUCCAUGAAAUGGAGACUAAUAGAGGGCAGAGCACCUUGCAGCUGUUCCAAUGACAAAUACCAUAGAUAAAGUAACAGUUCAGUUUCCCUGCAGAUCCUCACAUUUGGUUUACACAUCCUCCCUUCAGCUGGUAAUGGACUUGACACAGUUAUGGAGUUUGUGAACCUUGAAUCUGAAGUCAUGUGAUGCAAUGUUCUAAGUUCAGUACAGAAGAGUCUGUUGGGCUGUGCCAAAGCCAAAAGACAACCUACAGCAAUUCUGAUCGUGGAAAGAUAUAGCAACCUUUGGGAUUAUUGCUUAGCAACUGCAAACACACAGAGGAGUAAAACUCACAGCCCAGCUCCACAGCAGGUCUGAGAAAUCCCUAAUUCACUUCAAGAUUUUUAAUGGUUGAGAACAGAUGGGCAUAUAUUAAAUCCCUGUUGAUUUGCAAAGCCACUUUGAAAGCAGGAGGAAUAAGAUCUAUUUUGAUACCUGCUCCAAAGUGAUUGAGGUAUAGCUGCUCAGCCAGAAGAAUCAGCCCAAUCUGCAGAUCUACAAGAUCCUGAACUUGGCCAUAAGCACAGGACUGCAACAGAGAUGGAAAGCAAUCAGGGGCGUGAUGAAGUGCCAUGUCCUAGUAACUACACUUCAUGGAAAGAGUGUUUUCAUGAAAAGGUACAACAAAGGUGUCUGAGUCUGCAGGAGACAAAGGUGAAGUUGGUUCAAGCACAAAAGGCAGAAGAAGCAAAGGUGAGAAGGAGAGAACCCGGGGACUGGCUGGCCAGAGAGUGGUACAAUGAGGAGAAGGAGACACUCAAUACUCGCAUCUAUUUGCUCGACAGCCUCCUCCCUACAUUAAUCCCAGGAGUAGAAAAUUUGUUAAUGGAAGUGGAAAGAAACCACGUGCUUGUAUCAGACCAAGAACCAACCAGAUUUAACCCCAUUAAUUAUCUUGGAGAAUACCUGAUGAGGCAUAACCCUCAGUAUAUUGUUCCUCCAAAACCAGGCCCAUACCUGCGAGAAAUGAAGGUGGUCUUGGAGGAGCUCAAAUCUUUGAAGCAAGGUACAACAUCACAGAGGCUGGCCCAGAUGAGGGCUGAGGCAAAGAACAGACGUGAGGAAAGGGAGGAGAUGGAAAGACAGAGAGCUGAGGAGACAGCAAGGAGAAAGGAGGUGUUGACAGAUCUGUUCAAGGAGUGGAUAGUGGAUGGCAGAGACAGAAUCCCAGCAGCACUGGUUCAGAGUGCCAUGAGGUUUUUUCCAGAUGUCACUGAUGUUAUUCCUGAAGAUAUGAGAAAAGCAACCCAUGACAGGACGCUGAAAAUCUUAAACACGUUGGAAAAAACAGUAAGGCUAAAUGAGUUCACAAAGCUUGUCCUUUCCUACAUUGAAUAUGUUUCAAGUGACAAGUUCCAAGAAAUCAUGGAAUAUCUCCUCAAAUGUUUUGAGGACUUCCAAGAAGCAACAAAACAUGAUACAAGGAGGCAAAUUUUUACUGACCUCUUCCACAUUUGUGAUUAUCGAAAGGUUGGUGCCUUGGAUAGACAAAAAAUACUGGCCCUGCUGAGAGACUUCUACGACAGAAGCCCUGUGACUGAUGAGGGGGAAUUUUGGAACCCCAGAGAAUGGCCAAUAAUUGAGCUGCAAGAUAUUAAUCUUAUGGAUUUCUGGGGAAGCCUUGGUGACCAGGAGGUUUGUGAGGAACUCAGUGAAAAUUUGGUCUUGUCUCAAACAGAAAUUUCUGAGGGAGAGAUUUUAGGAAAUGAACCUGUAGAUGAUGAUAGCCAAGGGACUGACAGAAUGAGCACCAGUGUUGCAGAGGGAGUUGAAGAAAUGAGCACGAGCGAAGCUGAAACUGGAGGAAUUUCCAAGGAGGAAAAUGAAGGAGCAGAGCCAAGUGGUGCUGAAGAGAGCAAGCAAGGUGAGGAUGCUGUGUCAGCAGUGGAAACCACUGGCCUUGAAGCUACUGAUUUGGAUGGAAAUACCAUCCACAAUGAGAAAUCCUGUGAGGACACCGAAUCUCAUGAAGAUACCAAAACUGAGAGGGAAGCUGAGCCUGGAACUGUAGACAGACAGGACGAAGCUCUCCCAGGAUCAGCCUCUGCUGGAAGCAUUGUCACUACAGAUGGAGAACCUGGAUCUGGAAAACCAGAGGAAUCCAUCCUGGGCAGAGAGCCUGAGAUGGAAACAAAACCAGAAGGAGAUUGUACCUCAGCCAGAGAACCUGGAUCAGAAGAGCAAGUUAGUCAAGAGGACAGUGGAGUUACAGAGACAGCACCUGAAGCUACAACCACGGCCUCAGGAGACAGAGCCACGAUGGACACAGAUGUCACUGAUACCCAACAGGAUGCUCCAGCUGCAGAGGCUGUGAAAGAAACACCUGCAAGCAAUGAGAACCAGUCUGACCAACAGCCAGCCUCAGAGACAAGACUGCAGGAUGAGGAGCUCUUGCAUGGCCAGGGUAAAGACUCAGGUCCCAGUGUGGCAGAGAUUCAGAACUCUAAGGAUUCUUGUACUAAGAGUUCCUUUGCUGCAAGCUGCCUCACCCUGACACAGUUUGUACAGCUCAUGGACAAUUUCGUUGGUGAAGACAUUCCUCUGCCUACUGUGAAGAGGCUUGCUGCAUUUAUCAAAGGAGAAUACAAACAGACAGAAGAGGAAAAAAUGAAACAACUAGAAAAAGCUCACCACAUGGCCCACAUGGCCCAAAGGAAACAGCUUUUGGAGGCACUUUUUGAAAAGUGGGACAGCAAUGCAUGUGGGUCUCUAGACCUGGAAGACGUGGUUGCUGUUCUGAGCACAUUCAAGGGAGACGUGGGAAAAGAGGCCUUGAUGAAAGCAAAGGAACAGCUUUGCUCCCAAUACCCACAGCUCAGUAAAGUGGGGAAGCUAUCCCCAAAGGCAUUCCAGACUUUCCUUGAGUUAAUUGCUUCCAAGUUCACUGGCAAUGAGGAUGAAACUAUUGAUAACUUGGUGAGAUUCCUGACCACAAGUGUGGAACAAAGUCACACCAAGAGCUUGCAAAGCUCAGCCAGGAGGAAAUGGCUGCAGGAUAUCCAGCAAGCGGCUGAGACGGGCGGAACAAGCAUGGAACCAGUGUACAAAGCAGUGAUUAAGGCUCUGACCCAGGACAUGGAAGCCCAUGGGGAUAACAAGAGGAUCAGUGCAUAUAUUGCCCUUUUGGAAGAGAACAGGCUCUCCCCAGAGCAGGGCCAGGCUGUCCUGCGCUACGUGGCCUGUACCGCAGAUGAUGCUCCCUAUGUCCUAAACCAAGUACUGCACAGAGACAUGAAAGGAGUCAGCUUUGCAGCCGUUGAUCAGGGAAAGCCAAUCUAUGUUCCAAGAGUUCAGCACCAUGGAAACAUUCAUUUCUGGAACCCUGACCGAAAGGAGGAGAGGAGAGGUUCACUCCUGGUGCUGCCCCUGUAUGAUGCUCAUUGGAGAGUUUUUGGCAUUCUAGGACUUGACACUCUUCAGGACCAGAGUCAGAAGUCCAUCUUCCUGACCCAUGAGAUCACUUUCUACGAGGGAGUUUGCCAUGCAUUCAGCAAAGCCUACCACCACAUCUGCAUGCGGGAAAAUGUCCUUCAAGUGGCUGUCACUGCUCUGGACUGGUUGUAUCCCAGGACACCCAGCAUCCACACUGUCACAACCUAUCUGGUGACACCUGGCAAAGACAAGAACUAUGCUCUGUGCAGGGUGAUCACUACAGAUAACACAGGACAAAAGGAAAUCCACAGCUCUCCUGUUGUUCUCCUCAGAAACGACGACCUCCUCAGAGAUUACCUGUUCAAGUGUACAGACAGUUCAGAGGUCACUCUCACUUCUGUCUAUGGAGAACACCAUAUUGCAGUACCUCUUCACGACCUAUCAAGGAAAACUCUUGGCAUAUUUGAUAUCAGCAUUGGACAGCACAAGAAAUUACCACGCCAGGAACAGAAAGACCUGCAGAAAAUGCUGAAGAUGGCCCAAGCUGCCUGCUCAGAGAUCCUGCAGAGGUCUCUAGAGGAAACACAACCAACACAAGUGCUGGAGGCAGAACGUGCGGCAAAUGUGAGGCACGCAGGGAUUCUGUUCCACCGGUUCAUGCUGCAGGAGCUGCGUGAGUGUUUCCAGAAACUCAAUGCUGAGAGCUUUGCUGGAAUAAAGAGCUGUGCAGAACCCCCAGCUCUGGUACACGAUGUAGUUAAGGCUGUGCUGCUGCUUUUGCAUCCAGACUGGAAGGGCUCAGAGGAGACUGAGAGCUGGAAUCAGUGUAAACUGAAACUUGAUGACAAUUUGAUUCAGGAGGUUUAUUGCUUUGAUCCAACUGCUUCAUCCAUGCAAGUUAAAGCAGAGCUGCUGCUGGACCUCAUCACUGGUGUCCCACAAGCAGCAGAGUGGCAGCAGAACUCUGCUCCAGCUGAAUACCUGUACCAGUGGCUUCACACCUGCCUGGCACUUGUGGAGAUCACAAAAAGCCAACGCACUGGAAAAAACCAUCCUUAGCCCCUUUUGGCAUCCAGUUCUUCUGUGCCUUUAAUUAAAUAUCUCAAUUUCUCAUCUAACCCUUGUGAUUCUGGUGUUUCAUAUAUUUUAUUAAAUUAGCUGUUGAUUUU